AAAAGAAGUCUUGGGAUUAUCGCGGGUGCCGAAGGCAGCCUAUUCGUAUACAACGCAACACAGGUUGCUUUUAUCCAAAAUGCUAUUAAAUGGAUGAAUUAUUACGCCGAGUCAGCGUCCAACUUCCUUCUCAAAGACGACGCUGAGAAAACAGCUGCGUUCAUCGGAUGGUUUGGCUACAGUAAUCAAGACCUGUUGCUUGAUGUUAGACUGAGCAUCUUCGAUCCUAUCCACAUGUUAGGCUCUGGAGCCACUUCCUACGUGUCCUCGCAUCAAGGGAGGGAUGACGUUAUAGCCAUCGGAUGCGGAACAGCUCAAGCUUUACGAAUUUGCAGGACCGAACCUCAUACCAUAACCUAUGCACGGACAGAAGACAACAGCGUAGUCAUUUGUCCUAUAGCUUUCUCCAAUAAUGGAUACUACGGAACAGAUGAAGGGGACUAUGCCGCGGAAUCCGAAUGGGCGAGCAAUCGAGUUGUGAAACCUUCUGCCGGACUCUCCCUGCUGCACGAGAUGACACAUCUACCUAGUGUGGUAGGAGGAUUUCAACAUUGGACGUCGGCUCCUCGAGACGGUUCGUAUGACUACUUCUAUGCGCCUUCUAAGUGCAUUACCCUGAGUGAUAUUGCAAAGCUCAACAAUGCCCAGAAUUACGCUUUUUUUGCAUUGGAUAUCACAUCAAAUCAUCAAUAUGCAAGUAGAGAAGUGGACGAGGAUGCGCCAAAUAAAGGACAAAAUGCUAUUUGGUGGCUGAGAGAAGGAGCUGGCGGUCGGAGAGAAAGUCCGUAG